AUGGCCGCGCCGUGCCUCUCCGGACAGCCCCCGGUGCCCGCGGCCGUCAGCAGCGCAUGGUACGGCACCGCGGCACGGCAGCUCACCGCCCUCGCCUCUUCUCCCCCGGAGCCUUCUCUUCUCCGCGGGCUGCCCUCACAGCCCGCCCCAGCCCGGCAGGCGAGCUCGCUGCCGGGGAAAGAGCCCGCGACACUGCCAGCGAUCCCCGGCGGGCUCCGAGCGCUGCUUCCUGCUCCGGCUGACCCGGCGGGCCGGCGGUACGGACCGAGCGGGCUGUGCGCGGGGCGGGAGCGGGGCCGGCCGAGCCGCGGGGCCCGGCAGAGCCCGGCAGAGCCCGCAGAGCCCGGCAGAGCCCGCGGGGCCCGGCAGAGCCGCGGGGCCCGGCAGAGCCGCGGGGCCCGGCAGAGCCCGGCAGAGCCCGGCAGAGCCCGCAGAGCCCGCGGGGCCCGGCAGAGCCGCGGAGCCCGCAGAACCGCGGGGCCCGGCAGAGCCGCGGGGCCCGGCAGAGCCGCGGGGCCCGGCAGAGCCCGGCAGAGCCCGGCAGAGCCCGCGGGGCCCGGCAGAGCCGCGGAGCCCGGCAGAGCCCGCGGGGCCCGGCAGAGCCCGGCAGAGCCCGCGGGGCCCGGCAGAGCCGCGGAGCCCGGCAGAGCCCGCGGGGCCCGGCAGAGCCGCGGGGCCCGGCAGAGCCCGCAGAGCCCGCGGGGCCCGGCAGAGCCCGCGGAGCCCGGCAGAGCCCGGCAGAGCCCGCAGAGCCCGGCAGAGCCCGCGGAGCCCGGCAGAGCCCGCGGGGCCCGGCAGAGCCCGGCAGAGCCCGCGGGGCCCGGCAGAGCCCGCAGAGCCCGGCAGAGCCCGCGGGGCCCGGCAGAGCCGCGGAGCCGAGCAGAGCCCACGGGGCCCGGCAGAGCCGCGGAGCCCGCAGAACCGCGGAGCCCGGCAGAGCCGCGUCCCCCGGGCGCUCCGCCCGCGGCUCCCUCGCCCGUGCGGCCCUGGAGAGCGGCUGUAAACGCGGAGCGGGCUGGGGCCGCUCCGCUGGGCAGCGGGACACGUCUCACAGUGGCUGGGAAAGGAACGGGCACCGCCAGAGAAGCUGAGAAGCCGCCAGGUGAUGCCGCGCAGGGAUGCUCCGGCCAGGGCUCGCCAUCACGGCAGCGCGCAGGAGAUCACGCAGUACAGCGUGUGGUACGGUAG